GCCGAUAAGAGGCGGCGCCCGCAGCGGCGCAGCGAGCGGGGCUCGUGUGAUGAGCGGGGCGGAGGUGGGGUUGCCCAGGCGUCUCUCGCUGCCUUGAAAGGCCGGGUCCCGCUGACCCAGCCGCUCUCUUUCCCCACACCCCGCCAGAGGAGCCUCGCUCGCGUCCCAGCAUGGCGGACGGGCGCUACGGCCCUCGGCUGAGGGCGCUCCUGGCCGCCUGGGUGGCGGCGGCGACGGCGGCGGCGGGCCCCGAGCAGGCCGCGCUGCCGGCGGAGCAGAGCCGCGUCCAGCCCAUGACCGCCUCCAACUGGACGCUGGUGAUGGAGGGCGAGUGGAUGCUGAAAUUUUAUGCACCGUGGUGUCCGUCCUGCCAGCAGACUGAUUCAGAAUGGGAAACUUUUGCAAAGAAUGGUGACAUACUUCAGAUCAGCGUGGGGAAGGUAGAUGUCAUUCAAGAACCAGGAUUGAGUGGCCGCUUCUUUGUCACUACUCUCCCAGCAUUUUUUCAUGCAAAGGAUGGGAUAUUCCGCCGUUACCGUGGCCCAGGAAUCUUCGAAGACCUGCAGAAUUAUAUCUUAGAGAAGAAAUGGCAAUCUGUUGAACCUCUGACUGGCUGGAAAUCCCCGGCUUCUCUAACGAUGUCUGGAAUGGCUGGUCUUUUUAGCAUCUCUGGCAAGAUAUGGCAUCUUCACAACUAUUUCACAGUGACUCUUGGAAUUCCUGCUUGGUGUUCUUAUGUCUUUUUCAUCAUAGCCACCUUGGUUUUUGGCCUUUUCAUGGGUCUGGUCUUGGUGAUAAUAUCAGAAUGUUUCUAUGCGCCACUUCCAAGACAUUUAUCUGAUCGUUCUGAGCAGAAACUGAGAUCAGAGGAGGCUCAUAGGGCUGAGCAAUUGCAGGAUGCAGAGGAGGAAAAAGAUGAUUCAAAUGAAGAAGAAAACAAGGACAGCCUCGUAGAUGAUGAAGAAGAGAAAGAAGACCUUGGGGAUGAGGAUGAAGUGGAGGAAGAAGAGGAGGAAGACAACCUGGUUGCUGGCGUGGAUGAGGAGAGGAGUGAGGUCAAUGACCAGGGACCCCCGAGAGAGGACAGUGCAGUCCAUGAGGAAGUAGAACCUGAGGAGACUGAAGAAGACACCUCUGAGCAGCCCUGUUCAGCUGACACGGAGGUGGUGGAAGACUCCUUGAGGCAGCGCAAAAGUGUGCCUGCUGAUAAGGGGCCGUAGGUUUAAUGACAUUGUUCCCAAGAAUACUGACCAAAAGAAUAUGUCACCUUCCCUCUGGUCUGCAGUUUAAUCCAAACACUUAAUUUUUCCUGAAUGAACAAGCUUCUCUCUUAAAAGAUGAUCUCUAGUCAUGUGGUCUUAUGUGUACUAAGGAGAAUCUUUCAGGUAUGACAAUCAGGAUAUAGAAGAACUGGGAUGGGAACAAGUUCAUUGACUUAGGGCUAGAGAGUCUUGACCAGAGGAAGCAACCCCUAGCCCUCAUUAGCACCUUCCAGAGAUAAGGCUGCAGGCCCCAUAAAAUGAAAGCAAAGCAGCCUUGACUCCUGUGUGUCCUAAAAGUGUAGUAAAAGUCUUGCUUCCUUUUCUUAGGUUAAGUAUUUAUUUUGUCAAAUUACAAGAAAUAUCAGGCACCACAGUGCAUGGACACAUUUUUAGAGAUAGAAAUUGAGAGGACCCUGGACAUAUAAAAGAACUCAGAAGUCACUCCAACCCUCUCCUUUGUUAUGUUUUCUUUAUUACGUUUAGUUUUUCCAUUUUUUCCACCAUGGCCUUGUAGGCUCCUUGAACUCUUCACAAUUAUUCCUUGGUGAGAGGACUUGGAUGGAAGCCAGCUUUAUAUCAACCGUGUUUAUUUUGUUUAUUCUGACUUAAGGGUUUAGAUAAUCAGUGCCCACAAUCCAUGAAGCCGUGACUGCCAAACAUCUUGAAUGAGAGAUUCAAAGGAAGUAGGGAUUUUACAGGACAGAUUUUUUUGGCCAAAAUGUGGAUUUUUUUUUUUUAGUUUCUUUAGCAAUACUCUUUUGAAGCCAGAAGUCCGCUAAGUCUUGCCCAGUACAAGGUAGUCUUGUGAAGAAAACUUGAAUACUGUGUUGUUUUGUUUCCAUCUCAAGGGGUUCUCUGGCUCUUGAACUACUUUAAUAAUAACUGAAAAACCAUUUCUGGUUUUCCUUCAGUGAUGUGCUUUUGAUGAAAGAAUUAAUGAAAGUCAAUAUCUGGAAAUGAAAGAUUUGAUUUUGUUUCCAUCUUCUGUAAUUUUUUAAAGAAUUAUAUCUUUGUAAAUCUCUCAAUACUCAAUCUACUAUAAGUACCCAGGGAGCCCAAUUUCUUUUAAAAAAUCCAUCCAUCUACUUCUCUCUUACCUGAUUUAUGUCUUAGAAUAAAUUCAUGAAAUUAGAUUCCAAGCAUAUGAAUGAUGCCUAAAGUUGAUUCUGUGCCCCCUGGGUCCAGUCAGAAUAAUAAGGGGUACAGGCUUAUGAAA